UGCGUUGCGAAAAUGAACGAUGCGGGACGCAGCUCUCUCGUGGAACCGAACGCAGUGGAUAAACUGAUUGUGCAAGAGAGAAGGAAGAACGAAGCUUUUUCUUGUGACACCUGGAUCUUAACACAAAUGUGUAUAUGUGCACACAGGGAGCAUUGGAAAAUGAAAUAAACCAGUGUCAGACCCGCGGGGGUUGGUGUGUUCUGACAAAUAAAUAAUCAUAAAACAGCUGCCCUCCCCCUCCCCAAAAGGAUGAUUGGAAAUGGAGAAACGAGGAUCCACAAAGGAAAAGUAUGUUCAUUUUUUUCUGUAAAGGAGAAAGUAAGCCAAGGAGAUAUUUUUGGAAUGAAAAGUUUGGGGCUUUUUUUAGGAAAGUAAAGACUUGAUAUGGUGGUGUUUUCUUUUCUUUUUGAAUUUCCCACAAGAGGAGAGGGAAUUAAUAAUACAUCUGCAAAGAAAUUUCGGAGAAGAAAAGUUGACCGCGGCAGAAUGAGGCAUUGAUUGGGGAAGAGAAGCCAGCAGAGCACAGUUGGAUUUGUGCCUAUGUUGAGUAAAAUUGAUGGAUAAUUGCAGUUGGAUUUUUCUUCAUCAACCUCCUCCCCCCCCCCCUUUUUUUUUCUUUCUGGGGUCAAGAUCAUGCAUUUUUCCGCUUGUUCUUAACCACCUGGAUUUCCAUCUGGAUGUUGCUGUGAUCAGUCUGAAAUACAAUUAUUUGAACUCCAGAAGGACCAACACCAGAUAAAUUAUGAAUGUUGAACAAGAUGACCUUACAUCCACAGCAGAUAAUGAUAGGUCCUAGGUUGAACAGGGCCUUAUUUGACCCCCUGCUUGUGGUGCUGCUGGCUCUUCAGCUUCUUGUGGUGGCUGGUCUGGUGCGGGCUCAAACCUGCCCUUCCGUCUGCUCCUGCAGCAACCAGUUCAGCAAGGUGAUUUGCGUGCGGAAAAACCUACGUGAGGUUCCAGAUGGCAUCUCCACCAACACCCGGCUGCUGAACCUCCAUGAGAACCAAAUCCAGAUCAUCAAAGUGAACAGCUUCAAGCACUUGAGGCACCUGGAAAUCCUACAGUUGAGUAGGAAUCAUAUCAGAACAAUUGAAAUUGGGGCCUUCAAUGGUCUGGCAAACCUCAACACCCUGGAACUCUUUGACAAUCGUCUUACGACCAUCCCAAAUGGAGCUUUUGUAUAUUUGUCUAAACUGAAGGAGCUCUGGUUGCGAAACAACCCCAUCGAAAGCAUCCCUUCUUAUGCUUUUAACAGAAUCCCUUCUUUGCGCCGGCUAGACUUAGGGGAAUUAAAAAGGCUUUCGUAUAUCUCAGAAGGUGCCUUUGAAGGUCUGUCCAACUUGAGGUAUUUGAACCUUGCCAUGUGCAACCUCCGAGAAAUCCCUAACCUCACGCCGCUCAUAAAACUAGAUGAGCUGGAUCUUUCUGGGAAUCAUCUGUCUGCCAUCAGGCCUGGCUCUUUCCAGGGGUUGAUGCACCUUCAAAAACUGUGGAUGAUACAGUCCCAGAUUCAAGUGAUUGAACGGAAUGCCUUUGAUAACCUUCAGUCACUGGUGGAGAUCAACCUGGCACACAACAAUCUAACAUUACUGCCUCAUGACCUCUUCACACCCUUGCAUCAUCUAGAACGGAUACACUUACAUCACAACCCCUGGAACUGUAACUGUGACAUACUGUGGCUCAGCUGGUGGAUAAAAGACAUGGCCCCCUCCAACACAGCUUGCUGUGCCCGGUGUAACACCCCUCCCAAUCUGAAAGGGAGGUACAUUGGGGAGCUUGACCAGAAUUAUUUCACAUGCUAUGCUCCUGUCAUUGUGGAGCCCCCAGCAGACCUCAAUGUCACUGAAGGCAUGGCAGCUGAGCUGAAAUGUCGGGCCUCCACGUCCCUGACUUCUGUAUCUUGGAUUACUCCAAACGGAACAGUCAUGACACAUGGGGCGUACAAAGUGCGGAUAGCCGUGCUCAGCGAUGGCACGUUAAACUUCACGAAUGUAACCGUGCAAGAUACAGGCAUGUACACGUGUAUGGUGAGUAAUUCUGUCGGAAAUACCACUGCUUCGGCCACCCUGAAUGUUACUGCAGCAAACACUACUCCCUUCUCGUACUUUUCAACCGUCACAGUAGAGACUAUGGAACCUUCUCAGGACGAGGCAAGGACCACAGAUAACAAUGUGGGUCCCACUCCGGUGAUCGACUGGGAGACCACCAACGUGACCACCUCUCUCACGCCACAGAGCACAAGGUCAACAGAAAAAACAUUCACCAUCCCCGUGACUGAUAUAAACAGUGGGAUCCCAGGAAUCGAUGAAGUCAUGAAGACUACCAAAAUCAUCAUUGGCUGUUUUGUGGCCAUCACGCUCAUGGCUGCAGUGAUGCUGGUCAUUUUCUACAAGAUGAGGAAGCAGCACCAUCGGCAAAACCAUCAUGCCCCAACGAGGACUGUUGAAAUCAUUAAUGUGGAUGAUGAGAUUACAGGAGACACACCCAUGGAAAGCCACCUGCCCAUGCCUGCUAUUGAGCAUGAGCACCUAAACCACUACAACUCCUACAAAUCUCCCUUCAACCACACAACAACAGUUAACACAAUAAAUUCAAUACACAGUUCAGUGCAUGAACCGUUAUUGAUCCGAAUGAACUCUAAAGACAAUGUCCAAGAGACUCAAAUCUAAAA